CGGUGGUUAGUACCAUGGUCUAGAAUCCUGUCACCAGCCCGAGCGUCAAUGCAGCCAGCCCCAGGGACUUGGGUAGCACGACGGGAACGGGCAGGGCACAAACAGCCGACGACAAAAUUUCGGAUUUUUUUGCCAUCCAUUUCUGGCCCACCUUCGCUUUUAGAAGAUGUCGGUUACUGAAGACGUCACGAACAACAAAGGAGAGAGAACUGAAAGAGUUGCCAUGGCGAAAGAGCUGGAAAACGCCAUCAAGGAAGGCGUCGUCGAAGAAGUGCGAGAAGCAAACGGCACUUCUUACAACUGCACCGUCUGUCCUAAGCAACUCAAAACGAAAGACACCAUCAAGCACCAUCUUAAAUCUAACAAACACGUCAAAAAGCUACAAGAAAAGAAACAAAAAGAUGGCACUGAAACUACGGAUACGAACCAGGAUUCCCCAAGAGGCGAGAAGAUGCCUAAUCGUAGAACCAACGCUAACCAACGAAAGGGGGGUAAAAUUGAGCCGAAGCGGAAUGAAGUUAAGGAACACGAAGAAGUUGUUCCUGCCAUCCAUGAGCCUAAUGAAGAGAAAGAAGACAACACGGAUCUCGUCUCAAACGGGCUGGAGGAGAAUCAGGAUUUGCAGACGGAAAACGAAGUUAUCGCCAAUGUUCUGCUCGCCUUUUUCGUCUUGCUGUGGAGAAUUCUGAGGUUCCUCGUUGGAUUUGAGGAUGGGAGCGCCAUUAUUGCGUAUACCAAGAACUUCCUGAGGGGCAGCACUCCCGACUCGCAGGCUCUGAAGAUGGCCAUAGACCGAAGCGAAAUCAUCAUCAGAUCUGAGAGGGACGGCCGCCACUACCACUGCCUGCCCUGCCAACAGCACCUGAGGACGAAGAGCGCUCUGAAGAGUCAUCUCGAGUCGGAAGCUCACAAAAAGAGGGUUGGAUUGAAUAAAAUGGAAAAAGAUGGAAUCUCCAUUGAGAACGAUCCCACUCCGGAAGGCGAAAAUUUGGUGGAGGAGGCCUUCCAACACAACAUCCUCUUCGCCAAUGACGUAUGCUCAGAUGCCUCUCCCUACUGGUGUACUCUCUGCCUGAAGCCUCUGAAAGUGUAUGGCAAGUUGGCCAGUCAUCUCUCCAGUAUCAGACACAAGAAGAAGGUCGAAAUUUGUCGCUCGGUAUCGCAGACAGGGAAAGGAAGUCCAGAGAAACAAACUGGAUUCACAUACUACCACGACUCAUCUUCAAAAGGUCGUGUUUAUGUGUUUAACGUUUUAAAGGACAGACCAGGUGCAAGAGCUGAUUCAUUGAACAUCCAGAAAACAUUUGGAGGUCUUGGCUACGACGUCUUCCUCCACGAGGACUUCACGUAUGGGGAAAUGAUGCGGAACAUAAAGAAGAUUCAGGAAGACCAAACUUUGGCCAGUACUGGCGCUCUGAUAUUGUUUAUUCUGAGUCACGGCUCCGACAUGGACACUUUCAUAUCUGCUGACAGCACGGGAAUGAGUCUCAAUGCCAUUAAGCAGAAAUUCACCGCAAAAGGGUGCCCUUACCUCAGGUCGAAGCCCAAGAUCAUCUUUGCCAAUUUCUGUCGGGGAAAGGACAUAGAAGAGCACUGUCUCUAUGAGGAUCAGGUGCCCGCAGCCGAAGCUCUCGUCGACAUGAUCAUCGUCCACGCUUCAAAUGAGGGCAUGAUAGCUUUGCGAUCCAAGGACACUGGGACGGUGUUUGUGAAAAGUCUGUGCGAGGUGUUGAACGAACACGGCACGAGGCUGUUCAGGCACGUGUUCAUUGAUCUGAGUAAUAAAAUGAAGCAGAAGAGAGGGACGACUCCAGUGGCCAUUGAUCAUGUCUUUAAGGACUUCAAGUUUUAGAUGUUUUUCAUUGGUACGUGGAAAACUGCCUUAGCUUAGCCUUUCCAUGAGAGUGACUGCUCUGUAUCAUUGCUAAUUACUGUGUUCUGUCAAAAAUUGUUAGGUCACUAGGACGUAAAUCUUUCCUUUAACAUUAAUCCCUUGUGUCCCUCUUACCGUAGGGGUAUAGUGCCGUCAAUGCUAUUCAUGUGUUGCACUGUAGGCAUUAUUUCAGGUUCUUUGCAGCGUCCGUUCAGCCCCUAGCUCCUACCCCUUUCGUUCCUUUUUCUGUACCUAACUCUGUUCAUAUUGUUUUUCCUAAUUUUACUUUCCACCCUCCCCUAACAAUCAAUUCAGCAUUAUUAUUAGUGCAGAAUGGACCCCACAGGUCCCAGCGCUUGGCAUUUGGCCUAAGUCUCAUUCCAUUUCAUUCAACAAGAGAACUAUUCCCCACAACUGUAAUUCAAGCGGCGCACUUAAGACUAGUAACCAUCCUGGUUAAAAAUCAGUUUUGCCAACUCAUUCCAUUUCAGAAUCAGAGAAUAUGCCUUGCAAACCAUGUAGUAACCAUGAUUUAAAACCCUGAUUAUGAAUGUGAAUCAGGUUCUGAAACACGCAAGGGCCAUUCUAAUCCAACUUACAGGUCCAACUUUGCCUGCGAGAGAAAUGUUGUAGGCUUUCAGUUCUAGACCAGAAAGGUCCUCGUUGGACGAGUCGGUUACAUGCCCAACAACCGAUCUCAGGGUCUAGGAAUCAAAGGAAUUUAUUUCUGGUGAUAGAAAUUCAUUUCUCAACGAGGUUUGGAUCCCACAAUAAGCUGCAGGUCCCGUUGCUAGGUAACAAAUUGGUUCCUAGCCACGUAAAAAUAUUUAAACCUUCAGGCCAGCCCUAGGAGCGCUGUUCAUCAGCUCAGUGGUUUGGUUGAACUAAGAUAAACUUUUAACUCUAGAACAGAUGAGGGAAAAGAAGGAAGCCACUAGUGAGGUAGGUCCGAGGUGAUUGUGGAGUUGCAAGACAUAAAAAUGAACCUGACUGGUGAGUUACAAUAUACCAUUGAUAUCUAUUCAUAGAAUGUGUAUUUCAAACCUGACGACACACUGCCCAACAUUUGGCCCAACAUUCAGUUUCUCUUUAUGAAAACAUCGGAAGGAUGAUUGAACAAUUGGCCUCAUGUAGACUGCUCUAGAAGAUUGGUGUGUGUGUGUGUGUGGAAAAGAAAAAGUAAGAAAUGUGACAAAGAAACAAUUGAAUUUUCUAUACAGCGUGUAAUGCUAUAAGAGCUAUCGCCCGGUGAUGGCCUGUCCUAUAAUGUUGCCAGAAGCACAAUUAUGGCUAAAUUUAACCUUCAAUAAAAUAAAAACUAUUGGGGCUAGAGGGCUACAAUUUGGUAUAUUUGAUGAUUGGAGGGUGAAUGAUCAACAUACCAAUUGGCAGCCCUCUAGCCUCAGUAGUUUUUAUGACUUGAAGGCAGACAGGAAAAGUUCGGACGGACAGACAAAGCCAUCUCGGUGAUCUUUUUACAUAAAACUAAAACUGAAGACUGUGUAAGUACAAUAGACAUUAGAAGCUAAACUUGUAGAUAACAGAAGACAGGAAACAUGCAAGCAGCGACAGAAAACCAUAUCUUAAUCACUUUAGUAAUUUUUUUCUCCUCUGACAUAAUUAUAGAUAUGCCCUUGCAAAGGUCUACACAAGAUUCAUGAGCUUAGGAGCCCUUUGUAAAAUGUGAAAGCUCCUGUCAAAAUUUGUCUUUAUACAUACAUACAUACAUAUAUAUAUAUGUGUGUGCGUGCGUAUAUAUACAUUAUUAAGUGCCUGUUUCACAUUGUUUUGAUUAGUAAAU